GGCGGGCUGGGGCCUGGGAUGCGGUCAGAGGCCAAGCCCGCCGGGCCGGGUCUCGAACCAGGGCUUGUCGAUCGGCAGAUACCACAGCGCACUGCUGACGCCCUCACGAGUAGAGGGCUCACUAAUGAAAUCGUGUCAUCCUUAAAGCCUCAUCCUCCUGUUGUGGGCAAAGUGACUCAUCACAGCAUUGAACUGUACUGGGAUCUGGAAAAGAAAGAGAAACGGCAAGGACCACAGGAGCAGUGGCUUAGGUUCUCCAUUGAAGAGGAAGACCCCAGGAUGCACAGUUACGGUGUCAUUUACACGGGUUAUUCUACAAAGCAUGUGAUUGAAGGUCUAGAACCAAGGACACUGUACAAAUUUCGACUGAAGGUCACCAGCCCCUCUGGAGAAUAUGAGUACAGCCCAGUCGUCUCGGUGGCUACGACCAGGGAGCCCGUAAGUAGUGAGCACUUCCACCGUGCUGUCAACGUGAAUGACGAAGAUCUCCUGCUUCGAAUACUGGAAGGAGGCCAUGUAAAGGUGGAUGUCCCCAACAAGUUUGGCUUUACGGCCCUCAUGGUUGCUGCUCAGAAAGGCUAUACCAGGCUUGUGAAGAUCCUGAUUUCCAAUGGCACAGAUGUGAAUCUGAAGAAUGGAAGUGGCAAGGACAGUCUCAUGCUUGCUUGCUAUGCGGGGCACCUGGAUGUUGUGAAAUACCUCCGAAGACACGGAGCUUCUUGGGAUGCUAGAGACCUUGGAGGCUGCACAGCUCUGCACUGGGCUGCAGAUGGAGGCCACUGCCCUGUGAUUGACUGGAUGAUAAAGGAUGGCUGUGAGGUGGAUGUUGUGGACACUGGUUCUGGAUGGACACCACUCAUGAGAGUCUCUGCUAUGACGGGAAGCCAGAAGGUAGCUUCUCUCCUCAUCGAGGCUGGGGCUGAUGUGAAUGUGAGGGACAAAGAUGGAAAGACACCUCUCAUGGUUGCUGUCUUAAAUAAUCACGAGCAGCUAGUUCAGUUACUUCUUGACAAAGGGGCAGAUGCAAGUGUGAAAAAUGAGUUUGGCAAAGGUGUCUUAGAAAUGGCCAGAGUUUUUGACAGACAGAAUGUACUCUCCCUACUAGAAGAAAGGAAAAAAAAGCUGCCAAGGAAGUCCUCUGUCCACUGACUGGAGCACCACCCAUCUGAGAGACCAACUGGAGCGAAAUAGCAAACCCUGACUGCUGGGCUGGACAUGUGACAUGCGGGGUCUCUGAGGCCAAGACGUUUAUUUAUUUAGUUGAAGAUUCACAGUGACUUUUAUGUAACAGGCAACUCUUCUCACAUUGAAAUACAUCUUUUUACCUAA